CAGGAAGGAGGAUGCAGUGUGAAGUUGAAGUCUUUCCUCUAAUCCUUGCAUAGAUCAGAAUUUUGUGUUUUGUUAUAUUUAAUGGCGUUUUGAAAGGACAAAUGUACCGUGGAAAAACCUUUAAGACCUCAAGCUAUCUAGAUCUUACAUGAUUAAAAGGUCAUAAUUUGAGGCCAGCUUAACCUAUAAUUCCAACCCUGAAUAGCAGUGACAUGUCAUCUGAGAAGCAGAUAAAUGUGAUCCCUGGUGUAUAAGGAUGCAUUAAUUCAACAGUUCUAUUAAUUACUGUUUUAUUGAGUAGAUUCCAUAUUUAGUUAUUGCUUAAUUGGUAAUUGUGUGGUUUUUCUUUUCUGGCAUGCUCUAUAGUGUCCUAGAGAUGAAGGCAGAGUUUUUGGAAGAGAGUGCAGUGCAUAGUUGCAUAGUUGCAUUUAUUGCCACAUGGAUCUUGCAAGUUCUGGAAAGAUGAUGGAUGUAGCUCUUUGGUUGCUAGUAGCAGUAGCUUAAAAUAUAGCAACUCCAUCCUUAAGCCCCCUUAUAUGAGAACUUUCUUUGACGCAAAUGGAAAACAAAGUCUACAUUUUAGUUCUUGGCCUCAAUGUGAAGUCAUGCUCUGGUUCUUAAUUGAAGCAAAGACCUUUGCCUUUUGGGGACCACAAGUUUCAAACUUCUAGUGCUUAAGCUUCCAUUGUGUAAAGCAGCUUUUUCCAAACUGGCGGCAAACAGUUGCAGCAGUUUCUUUGGUCACUUCUUCAGUAUGCAAUGUUGUUCUAUGUCUGUGUACAUGCUUAUUCCCAAGCCAAGCCUGUUGUUUGUUUGUUUACAUUUCUAGACUAUUUCAUAAAUAUCAAAGUGGUUUACAGCAAAAAUUAGAAGCAAGUGAAGGCUGGGGGGGGAGGGGGGAGUAUAGUACUUGUGUUUGACCUAGAAAUUGCAGUUAGUGCAGAAUGCUGCAGCAGGUUGCUGACAGGAGUGAUGAUUCUGAUGAGACGUAUACACUGGUUCAUGUUCAGUGUGUUACUACGGUAUCAGUGUAUAUAAAGCCAUUAGCCAUUGGGACCAGUUUUCUUGUGCGCCACCUUUUCCUGUAUGUCAUAGUUGGAAGGGACCCUAAGGAUCAUCUAGCAACUCCCUGCAAUGCAGGAUCUCAACUUGAUUGCUUCAUUCUCUGCAGCUAGCUCUUUUACUGGUGCCGUGUAAGGCUAAUUUGAUAGUUCUAAGAAAUGGAUGUUUCAGUGUGGUGGCACCCACAGUUUGGAACUCCCUGCUUGUUGAAAUCAGGCAGGAACCUUCACAGUACUCUUUUCAGGGCGUGCUUAAAAUAUUUUUGCUUAGGCAAGCCUAUGCUGGUAUGCAGCUCUUGACAUGAUGUCAUCUCUUUUACUGUUGAUUUCAAUUAUUUGUAAAUGUGCUUAACUGUUUUUUAUUCAUUCUAAUAUUUCUUGUAAACUACUUACAAGCUUUAUUACAAUCAACUGUCAUAUAAGUUUUGUUAAGUACAGUAAGAAUAAAAUACCAAGUGUUCACAGUCUGGUCCUGAAUAGAAGGCACAGGGUCGAUGGGAGUUCUUUUAACCCCUCCCUUCACCACUUUCUUGGAGGCUAUGUGAUCAAGCAAGGAAGACACUAGUAUGGAUAUCCAGUGCAUUGACCCUUGAUGCUGUUUUCGUGGUUGGGGUCUCUCUUUCCCCCCUUCUAUCAUGAGUGCUGCUAAACUUACCCUUCUUCCAUAGCCUUUGGCUCUUCACCUUUCAGAUUUCAGCUACUGGCCACUGAAAAAAACAGUGCUUGGCAUCCUAGUGACUUGCAAUCUGCUGUGAACAUUUUGUUUCAUCUGCAGCUAAAGCAUGUCUUGGCCAGAGUUUGGCACUGCUAUCUGCACCCCCAGUUCAUUGUGCAUGUGGUAGAAGAAUGUGCACCAUGUAAAAAAAUGCAGCCCACCAUCUGCUCAGAUUGCCUUCCAGAAGAAAGAUGACCCAGCAGCUGUCUCAGCUGAUAUAUCCAAGGCUUUCAUUGUGAUUUAGCAUUGUUGUGUUGAAAGGGACUGAAAAGUAUAUCUAGUCUGCCCUCCUGACAGAAGACAGAGCCCUAAUUUGAAAUACAGUAACUCUAAAUAGAGUGAGGAUUUCAGAUGGGGUUACUAAGUUGUAACGGUUUUGAUGAUAUGAUGCAUCUGAUCAGAUAUGCUAACUGAGUUGUGCAAUACAUGUUUUUAUCAAGAAAUAUUGAGUGAUAUCUAGUUAACUCAUGUUCAGAGUACACCCAUUGAAGUCAUUGGGCUUAAGUAACGAGUCCAUUGAUUUCAGCGGGUCUUCCUGAAAUAUGAUGAAAGUAUGAUGCCCACCUCUAGGUGUCUCCAGCACCUACAGCUCUCCUUAGAAUUAUAGAUGCUCCUGGUUGUUUGGAGCAAGCUUCUCCAACCUGGUGUCUUCCUGAUGUUCUCAACUACAGCUGCUAUCUUCCCUGACCAUUGGCCAUCCUGGCUGGGGCUGAUGAGAGUUGUAGUCCACACAGCCUGGAGGGCACCAGUUUGAAAAAUGCUGAUCUAGAAAACCGAGCAGAUGAGAUAUGUGAGCUAAAUCCCAUGCCAAGAUGAAGAGUGUUAAUAAUGGUCUCUUCUGGGGAAAACAUUGCCACCCUCCUCAAUAUAUAGAACAGUUGAAACACAACCCAAUCACUUAGUCUCCCCAGUGGAGCAUUUUCUUGAACUUCUGCAGUGUUGGUGAUUAUUUGACUUGAUUAACUCUGUUCUCAUAGGAAGAAGUAAUUGUUCCAGGAGAUUCCAAACCAAUGUGUUGCCUUGAAGAAGGAGUGUUGCGUCUUUUUCAAGAUCAGCUCUUUUUUUGAAAGGGGGGGAGGGGUAGGUUCUGAAAUGGCUUGCAUUUUAGCCUUUGCUUCAGUUGGCUGUACAGCUUUAUUCAUUGUUCUUACACAUUGGUAGUUUGGGGUGAAGGCAAAGGUCGGUUUGGAGAGGAGCAGAAUUGAUGAGUUGCUGGAACUGUUAAUACUAAUAUUGGGGAGCUCUGUGAAAUAGCAAUUGUUUGAUUUACAUUAAUGAAGGACUGGGAGCCUCCAAGGGAAAACAAGGUAGACAAGCCAUAUCCCUGAUCAAAUUUCAUGGUGGCUUUCUGCCCUGCAGUACCUCCAAGGGGUCAGUGCUGAUAAGCAGUGAGGACCUUGGCCCCUGUUUGGCAAUAGUGCCAAUUGUAGAAUCAUAGAAUCAUAAAAUAAUAGGGCUGGAGUAGACCACAAGGGCCAUCCAGUCCAACCCCCUGCCAAGCAGGAAACACCAUCAAAGCAUUCUUGACAUAUGUCUGUCAAGCCUCUGCUUAAAGACCUCCAAAGAAGGAGACUCCACCACACUCCUUGGUAGCAAAUUCCACUGCCAAACAGCUCUUACUGUCAGGAAGAUCUUCCUAAUGUUUAGGUGGAAUCUUCUUUCUUGUAGUUUGAAUCCAUCGCUCCGUGUCCGCUUUUCUGGAGCAGCAGAAAACAACCUUUCUCCCUCCUCCGUAUGACAUCCUUUUAUAUAUUUGAACAUGGCUAUCAUAUCACCCCUUAACCUUCUCUUCUCCAGGCUAAACAUACCCAGCUCCCUAAGCCGUUCCUCAUAAGGCAUUGUUUCCAGGCCUUUGACCAUUUUGGUUGCCCUCUUCUGGACAUGUUCCAGCUUGUCAGUAUCCUUCUUGAACUGUGGUGCCCAGAACUGGACACAGAACUCCAGGUGAGAUCUGAGCAGAGCAGAAUACAGUGAUACUAUUACUUCCCCAAUACUCCUAUUGAUGCAGCCCAGAAUUGCAUUGGCUUUUUUAGCUGCUGCAUCACACUGUUGACUCAUGUCAAGUUUGUGGUCUACCAAGACUCCUAGAUCCUUUUCACAUGUACUGCUCUCAAGCCAGGUGUCUCCCAUCCUGUAUUUGUGCCUUUCAUUUUUUUGCCCAAGUGUAGUACUUUACAUUUCUCCCUGUUAAAGUUCAUCUUGUUUGCCUCGGCCCAGUUGUCUAAUCUGUUAAGGCAAGCAUCCUCAAACUUUGGCCCCCCAGAUGUUUUGGACUACAAUUCCCAUCUUCCCCGACCACUGGUCCUGUUAGCUAGGGAUCAUGGGAGUUGUACGCCAAAACAUCUGGAGGGCCGCACUUUGGGGAUACUGUGUUAAGGUCAUUUUGUGCCUUUCAUUUUUUUUGCCCAAGUGUAGCACUUUACAUUUCUCCUUGUUAAAAUUCAUCUUGUUUGUCUAAUCUGUUAAGGUCAUUUUGAAUUGUGAUCCUGUCCUCUGGGUUUAUUAGCCACCCCUCCCAAUUUGGUGUCAUCUGCAAACUUGUUCAGCAUGCCCUCAAGCCCAUCAUCCAAGUCAUUGAUAAAGAUGUUGAAUAAGACUGGGCUCAGGACAGAACCCUGUGGCACCCCACUAGUCUCUACUCUCCAGGAUGAGGAGGAGCCAUUGAUGAGCACCCUUUGGGUUCGGUCAGUCAGCCAAUUACAAAUCCACUGAAUGGUAGCAUUGUCUAGCCCGCAUUUUACCAGCUUCUUUGCAAGAAUAUCAUGGGGCACCUUGUCAAAGGCCUUGCUGAAAUCAAGAUAGGCUACAUCCACAGCAUUCCCUUCAUCUACCAGGCUUGUAAUUCUGUCAAAAAAUGAGAUCAGAUUAGUCUGACAUGACCUAUUUUUCAGAAACCCAUGCUGACUUUUAGUGAUCACAGCGUUCCUUUCUAGGUACUCACAAACCGUUUGCUUAAUGAUCUGCUCUAGAAUCUUUCCUGGUAUUGAGGUCAGGCUGACUGGGCGGUAAUUGUUUGGGUCCUCUCUUUUCCCCUUUUUGAAAAUAGGGACCACAUUUGCCCUCCUCCAGUCUGCUGGAACUUCGCCUGUUCUCCAGGAAUUCUCAAAGAUUAUUGCCAGUGGUUCUGAAAUCACCUCUGCUAGUUCUUUAAAAAUACUCUUGGAUGCAAUUCAUCUGGCCCUGGAGACUUGAAUAAAUCUAAACUAGCCAAGUAUUCUUGUACUACCUCCUUACUUGUUCUGGGCUGUGUUUCCCCUGCUGAAUCAUCUGCUCCAUAUAAUUCAGGUCGGGCAUUGUUUCCUUUUUUUGGAGAAGACUGAGGCAAAGAAGGCAUUGAGGAGUUCUGCCCUUUCUUUGUCCCCUGUUUGCAUUUCACCAUAUUCUCCGCUAAGUGACCCCACUGUUUCCUUGUUCUUCCUUUUGCUACGGACAUACCCAUAAAAGCCCUUUUUGUUGCUUUUAUCCUCUCUAGCAAGCCUGAGUUCAUUCUGUUCUUUAGCUUUUCUGACUUUUUCUCUACACGUGCUGGCUAUAUGUUUGAAUUCCUCUCUGGUGAUUUCCCCCUUUUCCCAUUUUUUGUACAUAUCCCUUUUAAAUCUUAACUCAGUUAAAAGUUCUUUAGAUAGCCACCCUGGCUUCUUUAGGCACCUUCCAUGUUUCCAUCUCAUUGGUAUUGCCUGAAGUUGUGCUUUUAAUAUCUCCCUUUUAACAAACUCCCAACCAUCAUGAACUCCCUUCCCUUUUAGUAUUUCUGUCCAUGGGAUCUCACCCAGCAUUUCUCUUAAGUUUUCUGAAGUUGACUUCCUUAAAGUCUAGAAUUUGAGUCCUUUUAUGGUUUGUUGCUCAUUUCCGCUGAAUAAUAAACUCCAGAAGGGCAUGAUCACUCCCACCUAAUAAUCCUGCCACUUCUACCCCACUAACCAGGUCAUCACUAUUGGUUAGGACCAGAUCUAAAAUGGCUGAUCCUCUUGUUGCUUUCUGGACCUGCAUAUUCCCGGAGGACUGACUUUGCUGCUCGUCUUCAUAUUCCUGAUCAACUGUGAUGAGGGAGAGAUCUUCAAAUGGAGUCUGUUCUUUGUCUUCCAUGUAAAGGGAGAGCACUUCAAAUCGAUUGUGUAGUUCAAUCCCUGGGCCUUCUACUUCUAUGAGUCACGUUCCUCCAUACAUCUGGCUCCUGUGUUGGGGAACUGACCUUCUUCUCAGGGAUGUCCCCUGUCUCCUCCUUGGUGCAGACAGUGUGCUCUGCUGCAUCCAAUAAAAGCUCCAGCUCUUUAAUUCCCUGGAGCCUGAAUACACGGGCCUGAAGCUGCUGGACCUUGUCUUCUAGUAGGGCAACCUUGUCUUCUAGUAGGGCAACCAACUUGCAGGUGUAGCUGCCUACAUCCUUUGGCAAGAAUACAAACAUUGCGCAGGAGUUGCAGGUGACUACAGUUGUUCCCUCCCCCUCCAUCUUGAAAAGCUUGAAGUCGGGGGGGGGAGAAGACGAGUCCGAGGUCUACCCCAAUAAACGUGUGAGACUUCCUGCCCUAAAUCUAAAAGAUGGGUCAAACUGCGGCACGCCCCGCUGCACUCCAAACACUGACUAGCUCCGCCCACAGCUAGUCACCUGACUCACCAGACUCACCAGAAGUCCCACCCCCUCAGACCAUGUGCUCAGGGAGAGCACACUUCCAAGGUCACCUGCAAGGUCACCGGCCAGAAAGAAACACACACACAAGCCUGGACAGUCACCCAAAUCCAAGAGGCAGAAGCCUGUAUACGAAAAGCUCAGCCACCACGCUGACUCACCCCUCCGCUACGUUCGGUUCCGUCUAUUAAUGGGGCCAUUCACCCUCCCAGCUUUCCAUAGCUGCAUGGCUCUUAUGGCACCUUCUACAGACUCGACCAGACUCCGGCACUGAGGAAGAUUGGAAAGCAUGUGGCUGGGGAGACUCAGCCAGAUGGGCGGGGUACAAAUAAUAAUAAUAAUAAUAAUAAUAAUAAUAAUAAUAAUAAUAAUAAUAAUUUAUUAUUAUUAUUAUUAUUAUUACCACCACCAUCCCUUAGUGCUCUGGUAUGUAGCAGAAUUAGCAUAUUCUGUUACUCCACAAGCAGCAGGACUUCUGUCUUGCUUGCCACAACCAGGCAAUGCUUCAGGUUGAACAGCAGUGACCUUGCUGCUCUUGUCUUCUGUGGGUGUCAGUAGAUGAAAGGCACUCUUUUAGUACUGAACUUGAUCAUUAAUCUUGCUUUUUUUUAAAAAAAUGUGUGUAACACACCAGUGAUCUGGCAGAGAAGCAAUGAUUAUGUAACGUGUACAGUGUUGUUUAGCCAAUGGUGCUUGGCUGCAUGAUGCAAAGGAUUCGUGAGUGAUGGCAGGGUCCAGACUCCAGUCUCUGGAGCGAUCUAUGGAAAUGAGACCAGUUCAUGCACUGUUGGUAGUGCAUGCUUUGAAAAGUAGGCAUCGCUUAGCAUGUAAAUGUGUGACUGCAUCCAGUUCUGUGAAUGCAGCCUUUGGCGUUGGCAGCAUGCUUCAGUAAAUCUGCUUUUAUUGGCAAUAAAUCUGGCUGGUCUUAUCAGCAAAACCAGAUCUCUGGAGUUUCAGGUUUUCUUCCUUAGAAUGUAAAAUCAGAGCUGAAUAUGCUCACAGUGUCACAUGUGGCAUGUGCAUCUGUCUUCUACCCUCACAUCUUUGAACUCCCUACCUUGCUAAUUUUCCGUAGCAUUUGUGAUAUUAACAUGUCUUUCUCCUCCUCAUACUCGCCUCCAUUGCUUUAAGAAGGCUGCUUAAAAUAUUGCGCUCCUUGGAUUAGGGCUGUAGGCCCAGCAACGUUCAGUUCAGCUCUCUGUGUUCGUAUGUCAUAUGCCUCUGUACCUUGGAUACCUGCCCAUAGUUACAGUUCUCCUUGCAGCUUGGGACUUGAACACAAAAAUCUUAAAGCCCUUUCGGCUAGUGCCUCCUUCCUGCAAUGCAAAUGAAGCUGAACAGAAAUAGUAUUUUUAAAUAAAAAGUACAGGUAUUAUUGCUUUCGUUGCCUUUUCCAUUAUACAGUAUUUAGACUUUUCGCUGAGGAAACAUUCAGCCAUGCAUGCUACUGAACAGAAAUCUGCUCUAGUACCGGUAGCACCUCACCACAAAUAAAUGAGAGAGAAAGAGACACAUUAAGUCCAUAAAAAAAUCAAUAUUGGAGUCCACUUGUGAACCUGUUACAAUAGUAUGCAAAUGGGUAGCACUUGUUCAUGAGAGGUGCUGUAGAUGCACCUAACCGGUCAGUCAAGCCACUGCUUGGUUUGGGGUGAAAUUAUUUUCUGUUCUCCCCUACCCUUCCCCUAACAAGCUCUCUGUCAGAGAUGUCUCCAUAAAGCAGAUAAAUUUAUGUGUGCACUUUAAGGGUGCUUUUAAAAAAUGUGCACACGCUCACACACAUGGUAGCUGCUUGCCCCUUGAGGUCAUCACCAAACAGACCACAGGGGGGGGGGUUGGGUGUGUGUGAUGGACACCUGCGUGCCCUGCUGCUUUGUCAGGACUUCAGGCAAUUUGUGAGCUCUUGGGGGGGGGGGCUGCUCUAUUUGAUUGUUGAUCGUGUUCCUGCAAGGGCAGUUAUUAGCAGCACAUUGCUCUCCAUUUGCUGCAGACAGAAGACGGAGAGCAAUAUUCAUGUUCCCUGAGCAUAUUGUAAACAUGCAUGAGGUUUUUACUCAUCUCACCUGGAAGCAGAGAAUAGGGGAAAUGAGAGUGCCUUGAAUCCAAAGCUGUGUGGAAGAACAUGCAGGAAUCUGCAAAUAUGUAACCUUGUUCAGUCGUUUGGUCGCUCUGACUAUGGAUUAGGAAAGACUGGUUUCCCCCUCUCUUCUCCUCCCCAUUUAUUUUCCUUUUUUUCUUAAACAAAAGCAAAAAUAUACUAUUAUUAUUAUGCAAUAGGCUUUUGCCACAAUGGCAUCCUUGCAUUCUUUGGCUUGCACGGAAGCAAAACAAGCUGCUGUGUUUGGUCACUGAUCUCUCUGUCGUGUGGCCCAGGGCUAUGCUGAGAUUUCUCUCCCAGUUGUAUUGUUGCAGCUCAAACGAAGAAUGUUCAGAGGAUGACAAGUGUGUACUGAGUCGGUAUGUUGCUUCAUUUUCAUUAUGGAUCCAAUCUCUCUCUCUCUCCCCCCCCCCCCCGCUACUAUUGGUCAGAAAUCAGGUUAAUAGGUGCAGAAUGUAGUAUGGUGCUGCAGUGUGACUGUGAAGGUAGAACAAUAGCACUACAGGCUUUUUCUUGGGGGGGGGAGGCAUUCUUUUUAUAGAAUAAAGCUGCAUUGUGGUGACUUGUAAAGUGCAGCUCCUUUCUCUCCCGCCCCCCUUCUUUCUGUUGAACAUAUACUGCAGUCAACACUUCUCUAAUGAGGUGGCACUAUUCGAGUUGGAGUGAUAGAAUCACCUUUUUGCUUUAGGGGACAGCAGGGUUUAAAAUGAGAUGCCCCUCAACCCCUUUUUUCAGACUGGAAGCUUUGGUUUAAGCUCAUUGGCAAGCAUGCUUGGUUUGUUCCGAGCUUCAGCAGCCACCGUUGUGCCAGUAGCGUGCAUCUGGAAUGGAAGUCCAAGUUGGUAGUCUGUUAUGGAAACGCUGUUUGCUGUUAUUGUAGUAUCGUGGUGACCAACAUGCCAUUGAAAUGGAAAACGAGUUCUCCUGCUAUGUGGAAAUUCCCAGUUCCUGUGCUUAAAACAUCCAGGUCGUCGCCACUUUCUCCGGCAUACAUAUCUCUGGUUGAAGAGGAAGACCCUCACAUGAAAGUAUCUAUUGGGAGCAGCGAUAUGGGUGUGUCUGCCCAUCUACAAUCAUCAAAGGCAGGGAUCACGAGAUUUUUCACCAGUUCACAUAGUUCUCUGGUACUCCAGGGUUUUGACCAGCUGCGAAUAGAAGGUUUGCUUUGUGAUGUGACUCUUGUGCCAGACGAUGGUGAUGAAGUAUUUCCUGUUCAUAGGGCAAUGAUGGCAUCUGCUAGUGAUUACUUCAAGGCCAUGUUCACAGGUGGGAUGAAAGAACAAGACUUAAUGUGCAUUAAGCUCCAUGGCGUGAACAAAAUAGGUUUAAAGAAGAUCAUUGAUUUUAUUUAUACUGCAAAACUUUCUCUCAGCAUGGACAAUCUUCAGGAUACUCUAGAAGCUGCCAGCUUUUUACAGAUAUUGCCUGUGUUGGACUUCUGUAAAGUUUUUCUUAUAUCUGGGGUUUCCUUAGAGAACUGUGUCGAAGUGGGGCGGAUUGCCAACACAUACAACCUCACAGAAGUGGAUAAAUAUGUGAACAACUUCAUCCUCAAGAACUUCCCAGCACUGUUAAGUACUGGUGACUUUGUGAAACUCCCCUUUGAGCGCCUUGCCUUUGUCCUUUCAAGUAAUAGCCUUAAGCAUUGCACGGAGCUGGAGCUUUUCAAGGCUGCCUGCCGCUGGCUGCGGUAUGAGGAGCCGCGGAUGGAAUGCGCAGCAAAACUCAUGAAGAACAUCCGGUUCCCUCUGAUGACUCCGCAGGAUCUUAUCAACUACGUCCAAACGGUGGAUUUCAUGAGGACAGACAACACUUGUGUCAACUUGCUCUUGGAAGCCAGCAAUUACCAAAUGAUGCCCUACAUGCAGCCAGUGAUGCAGUCGGAAAGGACGGCCAUCCGUUCGGACAGCACUCACCUGGUCACGCUAGGGGGAGUGCUCCGGCAGCAGCUGGUUGUCAGCAAGGAGCUGCGGAUGUACGAUGAAAAAGCACAUGAGUGGAGGUCUCUGGCACCUAUGGAUGCUCCCCGCUACCAGCAUGGGAUCGCUGUUAUUGGGAACUUUCUCUAUGUUGUUGGCGGACAGAGCAAUUAUGACACGAAAGGAAAGACAGCGGUUGACACAGUGUUCAGGUUUGACCCUCGGUAUAAUAAGUGGAUGCAGGUGGCUUCUUUGAACGAAAAGAGAACCUUCUUCCACCUAAGUGCCCUCAAAGGACAUCUGUAUGCUGUUGGUGGUCGAAAUGCAGCUGGUGAGUUAGCCACAGUGGAGUGCUACAACCCAAGGAUGAACGAAUGGAGCUACGUAGCAAAAAUGAACGAGCCUCACUAUGGUCAUGCCGGAACAGUGUAUGGGGGGCUGAUGUAUAUUUCAGGAGGCAUUACCCACGACACUUUCCAGAAGGAACUAAUGUGCUUUGACCCCGACACAGACAAAUGGACUCAGAAGGCUCCGAUGACCACAGUUAGGGGCCUUCACUGCAUGUGUACUGUCGGUGACAAGCUUUAUGUCAUUGGUGGAAACCAUUUUAGAGGAACCAGUGAUUACGACGAUGUUCUAAGCUGUGAAUAUUACUCACCAAGCCUAGACCAGUGGACACCAAUCGCUGCUAUGUUGCGUGGUCAGAGUGAUGUCGGGGUGGCUGUGUUUGAAAAUAAAAUAUACGUUGUGGGAGGAUAUUCAUGGAAUAACCGUUGUAUGGUGGAAAUAGUCCAGAAGUAUGACCCAGAAGAGGAUGAGUGGCACAAAGUCUUUGACCUCCCAGAAUCCCUUGGGGGCAUCCGUGCCUGUACUCUGACAGUCUUCCCUCCCGAGGACAAUACAUGCUCACCAUCUAGAGAAUCACCUCUUUCGGCCCCUUGAAAUGAGGCAUCGCUGGACUUACCAUGUUGUCGCUCCAAUACCACUGCACUGCAACAGGGAAUUGCCUAUUUGUCUUCAGUAGUAUCUUACAAGGCUUAUCCUGAAGCAGCUGGCACAGUAACACAGUUGGGGGUGGGAUGUAACAAGAAGAUGGGCGUCACUUGUGGGGUUUGGUCUAGAAAGUUUAUCAAGUGGACAACCAAGUGCCAAGCAAAGUGAGGUUUUAUUGUUUCAUUUUGUUUUUUGAGCCAAACGCUUAAAAAAUGAGGUAUUGUCUUAGGAAAAGAAAAACCUUUGCACCAGGCACAUAGAUAUUCUGUACUGGGUGCACGGGUCACAUAGAUCAAGACCCUGUAAGUUGAGCGUGUGGGGGGCAGGGUGUGUGUGCAAUGAAUGGGGAACCUUGUUUGCUAAGCCUUGUUGCUGGAGGACCAUCUUUCCUCGCUGCACCUCUGGAGAGAGAGGGAGCCCCUGAUGCACACAACUUUCAGCAGCUAUCUGGCCUCAGCUACCUCCUUCUUCUAAUGGAGUAUUUCAGACCUGUUUACUGACCUGACACUGGAGGUGCUUUUCAGAGGAUAUGGCGGACAAGACCAUUAAUAGAUAUACAAUAGGCAGACCCUGAAUCUAUAAACCAGGGUUGUUGUUUUUCUAAAUAACAUAUUAAGGGGUUUUCUUUUCCUUUUACUUUCUGAACCGCCACAUGCAAAGUGAAAUGUGCUGGAGAUUUGUAAUUGUGUUUUUACUUUUUGUUCUCUUCCUCCUUUCCUUUCCUCUGCCCCUGAAAUAAAAGCUCUGAUUCAUCAUGGGAGCCUGAGCAAUUCAUAUAUUGGAGAUAGGGGGUUUGGUUCGAUUGCGCAACCCAGUGGGGUGCCUGUACUACUUAUUUUUGGUAAACAAGGGCUAGAAUCUCUUAAUUUGAAGCCACUAAAAUUUUGAGCAAAUGGUUCCCUACUUCCCCCUCCUUCUUUCUCUUCCCUCCAUGACCCCCCUCCAAAUACCCUUUUCUUGGUUAAGAGAACUUGCUUCUUACACCUCUGUAUAAAAUCUCAGUUAAUACGGUUGUUUAGCACAAAAUGCAGCUUUUACAGAGAGCUGCUUUUACUCAGAGAAUUCAGACUACCCUGUUUCUUUUGUUCAAUAAAAUCUUUAACUGCAAUUAGUUGGGUGGUUUUUUUAAUUUGUAAUUGUUUUAAAGGGCUCAUUAACCUUCUCUCCCACUUCCCUGUUGCCAGGAAACGUCUGUACCGGUAUGUAUCUUUGUGUGUGGGUAGCACAACCUGCUGGGAAGACAGUUUUGUAAGAGCUU